AUGGCUGUCGCAAAGAGUUCCCAGUCUACUUCGACUGUGGUCUCCACUUUGGUUGCUAACAUUGUCCUAUUUGGUAUAUUUGUCACUUGUUUCAUCUUGUUGCGAUUGAAGUUUAAACGUAUCUAUAGUCCCAAAUCUUCAUUCAACUUGGUUCCAGAGGAGAAAAAACCAGAACCACUACCCAAGGAUCCUUUCAGAUGGAUCUUCAUUGUAUUAACCAAACCGGAAUCAUUCAUUUUGCAACAAGCUGGUCUAGAUGGUUAUUUUUUCCUAAGAUACUUGAAAAUGUUUGGUUACUUGUUUGCAUUUGGUUUACUCACUUGGAUCAUAUUGUUGCCUGUCAAUGCAACAAAUGGGUUCCGCUUGGACGGAUUCGAUCAACUCUCCAUUGCCAACGUCAAACACGAACAGCGAUACUAUGCUCAUGUCUUUAUUGGGUGGAUUUGGUAUGGAGCCAUAAUUUAUGUUAUUUAUCGCGAAUUAUUUUUCUACAAUUCCUUGAAAAAUGUUGUAUUGUCAACACCCAAAUAUGCAAUGAGUUUACCCAGUAGAACAGUCAUUUUCCAAUGUGUUCCCGACCCACUCUUGGAUGGAAAACAGAUAUUCAAAAUUUUUAAUGGUGUCAAGCGUAUUUAUGUAUCAAGAACAUCAAAACAAUUGGAAGAUGCAGUCAACACAAGAGCAGCUAUGGUUAAUCGAUUGGAAAUUGCUGAAAACAAACUUUUAAAAUUGGCUGUGAAAAACAAAAUCAAGGCUGAAAAAAAGGGUAAAACUUUGGAGCCUGCAGAUGAAAUUAGUGCAUAUGUACCGGAAAAGAAACGUCCCAGAUUUAGAGCAAAUGGAUUCUUUUCUUCAAAAGUCGACACUAUUAGAUAUUGUCAAGAACAAAUUCCUAUUUUGGAUGCAAAAGUGAAAGGAUUGCAAAAGAAAUUUAGACACUCACAACCAAAUAAUUCUCUUUUUGUUGAAUUUUAUGACCAAUACCAUGCUCAGUUGGCCUACCAAUCAAUUGUUCAUCACAAUCCCCUUCGCAUGACCCCAGCCUACAUCGGUGUAGCACCAGGGGAUAUUCAAUGGAGAAACUUGCGUAUUUUUUGGUGGGAAAGAUUGACGAGAAGAGCUUUGGCAUUUGCAGCAAUUGUCGCUGUUAUUAUAUUCUGGGCAGUCCCAGUUGCUUUUAUUGGUGUUAUUUCCAAUUUCAACUACUUGACCAACAAAUUACCGUGGUUGAGAUGGAUUGAGCGUUUGCCCAAACAAUUGUUGGGAAUUGUUACUGGUAUCUUACCAACAGCCAUGCUCUCCAUUUUGAAUAUGCUUUUGCCAAUGUAUAUUCGUGCUAUGGCCAAAGUUGCCGGUGCCGUGUCAUAUCAGAGUAUUGAAUUGUAUACUCAACUGGCAUACUUUGGCUUUCUUAUUGUCAAUGGUUUCCUUGUUACUGCAUUAGCAUCAUCAGCAACAGCAACAGUUACCCAAAUCAUUGAGGAACCUACAUCUGCUUUGAAUAUCUUGGCUGCGAAAUUACCAUUAUCGUCAAACUUCUACAUUUCAUAUAUAACUUUACAAGGUAUGACUAUAGCUGGUGGUUCAUUGUUUCAAGUUGUGGGAUUGUUUUUGUAUUACAUUUUAGGAUACAUCUUGGAUAACACUGUUCGGAAAAAAUGGAAUAGAUUCAGUGGGUUGGGAACAGUUGCAUGGGGAACCGUUUUCCCGCUUUUCACUCAAUUGGCCACCAUCACACUUGCAUAUUCAAUGAUUUCACCAUUGAUUAUUGCAUUUGCUUUGAUUGCAUUUGCCUUGAUUUACAUUGCAUAUUGUCACAAUCUCUUGUACUGUUUUGUUGAAGGACCAGAUACUAGAGGUCAACAUUAUCCUCGUGCAUUGUUUCAAACAUUUGCCGGUAUCUACCUUGGACAAUUGGUUUUGCUUGCAAUCUUUGCUGUUGGUAAAGGGUGGGGUCCCAUUGUAUUGCAAGUUGUUGCCGUUAUUGCCACCAUUUUCAUACACAUCAAUCUUUAUCAAUCGUUUAGCCAUUUGUUGCAAGUUGUACCCAUGGAUGCAAUGCGUGCAUUGGAUGGAGUAUCGCAAACUUGCUCAUUCAAGGGAGAAUCUGAAUUCAAACAACGUGUUAUUGAAAAGAAGAGACAUGAUAAAGAUCCAAGGUUUGAGAAGAAAUAUGUUGCCGAACAACAAGAGGAGGAAGAGAUCAAACAACGUGUUCUUGACACUGUGCGCCAAUAUGAUCCAGAAACUGACAUCAGCACAAGCAACAUAUCAGUGGUCCCAUUAUUGGCUGAUCGUGACAUGAAGGCAACAAAAUCCGACCAUUUCUUGGUUAGGUUUAUUAGACCUGAUGUAUUUCUCAACUUCCGCCAUGUGAAGAAGUUGAUUCCUGCGACUUAUCAUGUUGAACCUGAAGUGACUGACGACAAGCACGCGUAUGACGCACCGGCGAUUUCCGCCAAGUGUCCCGGUGUUUGGAUUCCUAGAGAUCCGAUGGGAUUGGCUGAUAUAGAAGUCAAGCAAUUGUCAAGUGUGGUUGACAUUAGUGAUGCGAAUGCCGGGUUUGAUGAAAAGGGUAAAAUACAAUAUUUGGGUGAACCACCAAAUUAG